UGAGGGGGACCCAUAGCGCGUCAAUAGAACAGGAGAGGCGAUACAUUUGUAGUAGUUUAUGAUUGAUUUGGUCCAGAAAUUUUACGGAGAUAUUUAUUUUAAUACCUCUUUUACAAUAAGAAGCCUAUUUCAUUGCAUUGGCUAUACAGACUAGGUAACUGUGUUACAGGGAAUGGAUCGUUCUUAAUACACGUCACAAACCACGUGAGCUUGACCCGUGGAGGAUAACCUUGCCAUAGAACGCAAUGUAUUUUUCCGCCAAAAAUAUAGUUUUUUAAAUCUCAGGUCAACGACAAAGGAUACAAAUACAACGAUAACACGUUCAUUAUGGUUCGUUCCUGGCUGCUCAAAUCGAGUUGAUCCUGAGAGAGACGGUCGUUUUUUCUUUUGCCAAAGAUUAUUACCCUACAGGGAUAAGACAAUUGAUGGUUGUCAACAGAAAGAAGAUCAAGUUAUAUUUGCAAUUUAAAUAGGCAAGCUCUUACACCAGAAUAAAAAGAAUAUAUGAGUUCGUUCGGAUCACUUUGUUACUUGUAAGCUUACUUUUAACGUAGCUAUGACAUUGUAGUAUGUCAGCAAAUUAAAAUACUUAAAACGUUUCUGCCAGGUCUCAGGAAGAUAAUAAACAAAUGAGGAAAUAUCAAGACCCAUCAACUACAUUUUUCUGGUCAUCUAUUUUUGGAGAAUUGAUUUCAUCUGAAGCAUGGACAGCAAAUAGAUACUAUAGUAAUUAAAAGGAUUGAGGAAUGUUGUUCCUGGGCAUAGGUCCAUUCCAAGCGUUUGGACGUCGAGGACAGUUGGCUCUAAAAAACUGUAAAUGGCUCAUCGCUGGGGUUCGACCCCUCCCACGUGGAAUUUGCCAGGUGCACCCCAGGAGGACAGCGCCUGUCAACCGCUGUUCCUUGUUAUCCACAUUUCCUCGCAACCAAGCUUGCGGAAAGCCCGAGGACCCCCUACCACAUAACUUUACUGUCAUUUACUCAUUUCCAGCUAUCAGGAUAAUUCGAGUAAUAUCCAGGUUUAAACUUCUACAGACCGGAAUUACAACGCUACUGCUCCCACCAGUAUAUUAUCUAUACUUUCACGGCCAAGUUACAUACACUCUAAUGUGUUACAGUACUGGGAUUGCUGUCUUUGCAGCCAUCAUGCUUUACUCCCUUAGUCACUUCUUUAGAAAAGUUGUGGGCAUGAUGUAUUUGGAUAGCUCCAAAACAACACUUAAAGUCUCUCACCUGAACUUCUGGGGGAAUCGACGCGACCUCUUCCUGCCUCUGACUGAUGUCAUGACACUUGGAGACACUGGUGAUUCAAAAAAAGAGCCAAUACUCCGUUUGAAACGAUAUACCUGUCCAGACACUCUGUAUUUUUCUACACGAUUUGGACAUGUGAUGGACAAGCAGGCAUUUGAGUUGGUAUUUGGUAGAUUCUCAUAAUGCUUACCGGUUCAUUUCAGAAUAUUUCCAUUGCCUGUUUUUAAAACUGCAUUCACAAUAACAUGUCCAUCACCUAUAGGGCUUAGUCAGUAUGUCAUAAAGAUUGAAUAUGCAUUUGUUUUAGAGAUUGAAUGUUCAUUAACACCUUUGCACAGACUCGCAUUCUGGCAACCCUAGCCCAUUUUUGCAGUGUUCUAUUUUGAGGCAUUAUACCUCCACUUGUGCUCAUCACAGAGACACUUGUACCAUUACUGGUAAAUUACAUUGCUUUUUUUUUUUUUUACUUAAAAUCUGAUGUGUUGUGCAUGCAGAGGUAAUGCACUUCUGCACACCACAGUUGUGUUGUUGAGCAACUGCUAUUGUUGGACAUGCCGCAAUGUGACAAUUUACUGAAGCUCCUGACCCAUAUCUAAAUGAGUUUGUGCAUUGCACUGCUGCCACAUGAUUGGUUGAUUAAAUAAUCGCAUGAAUAAGUAGGUAUACAGGUGUUCCUAAUAAAGUGCUCAGUGUGUGUAUCUAUCUGUAUGGAUCAGUGUUGAAACUUAUUGGAAGUGAUGCCACCUUCCGGUAUUUUUUACUGUGAAAACAUUUUAUGAAAAAUAUUAUUUACUUAAAUUUACAGGCUAUUUUUUUUAACUGCAGAUGAAAACUACUCCAAAUAAAAUGUCCUGUGCUUUA